AUGGCACUCUCCAAAGCCACCUUCAUCACACACCUCAAAGCCGUCGCACAUCCUCACAGACACAUUCGAAUCCGGCCACCGUCUUCCAUCUACCCUCGCUUCCUCUCUUUCUCCUCCCCGGAAGAAGCCGCCGCAGAACGCCGUCGUCGAAAGCGACAGAUCCGCAUCGAACCACCUCUCUCCGCUCUUAACCGCAACCAACAAGCACCCAAUCAAAACCCUAAAUCACAGUCCCCUCCCUAUUACCUCAAUCCCAGUAACCCUAAACUCCCUGAACACGCUUCUGCUUUAACCGGUAACCGUCUCAACCUUCACAACCGUAUUCUAACCCUAAUCCGUGAGAAUGAUCUCGAUGAAGCUGCACUUUACACGCGCCACUCCAUUUAUUCCAAUUGCCGUCCGACUAUCUUCACCAUCAAUGCUGUCCUCUCCGCUCUCCUUCGUCAGUCUCGCUAUUCCGACCUCCUCUCGCUCCACCGCUUCAUCACCCAAGCUGGCGUAGUUCCGAAUAUCAUUACUCACAAUCUUAUCUUUCAGACUUAUCUUGAUUGCCGCAAGCCGGAUACUGCUCUUGAGCAUUUUAAACAGUUCAUCAAUGAUGCUCCUGUUAACCCUUCUCCAACUACCUUUCGCAUUGUUGUCAAGGGUUUGGUUGAUAAUAAUAAGCUUGACCGAGCCAUGGAUAUCAAGGGCCAAAUGGAUGAUAAAGGUUUUGGACCUGAUCCUCUUGUUUAUCAUUAUUUGAUGUUGGGUCAUGCUAGGAAUUCCGAUGGGGAUGGUGUUUUGAGGCUUUAUGAGGAAUUGAAAGGGUUGCUUGGUGGGGUUGUUGAAGACGGGGUUGUUUUGGGGUGUUUGAUGAAGGGUUAUUUUCUCAAGGGGAUGGAGAAGAAGGCUUUAGAGUGUUAUCAAGAGGCAUUUGCAGAGGGAAAAAAGAUGAGCGACAUUGCAUAUAAUUCUGUGCUUGAUGCUCUUACCAAGAAUGGAAAGUUUGAUGAAGCAUUGAAGCUUUUUGAUAGAAUGAUCAAGGAGCAUAAUCCUCCUGUUAAGUUGGCUGUUAAUUUGGGAAGCUUUAAUGUUAUGGUGGAUGGUUAUUGUGCUGAGGGAAGGUUCAAGGAGGCGAUUCAGGUUUUCAGGAGCAUGGGUGAGUAUCGUUGCAGGCCAGAUACACUGUCCUUUAACAACUUGAUUGAGCAGUUGUGUAAUAACGGGAUGAUUUUGGAAGCUGAGGAGGUUUAUGGAGAAAUGGAGGGCAAAGGGGUAAACCCUGAUGAGUAUACAUAUGGCUUGUUGAUGGAUACUUGCUUCAAAGAGAACAGGCCUGAUGAUGCUGCUAGCUAUUUCAAAAAGAUGGUGGAAUCAGGCUUGAGGCCUAACUUGGCUGUUUACAAUAGGUUGGUUGACGGGUUGGUUAAAGUUGGGAAGAUUGAUGAUGCAAAGUCUUUCUUUGACCUAAUGGUGAAGAAGCUCAAGAUGGAUGUUGCUAGCUAUCAGUUCAUGAUGAAGGUGCUGAGUGAGGAAGGAAGGUUAGACGAGGUACUUCAGAUUGUUGAUAUGUUGUUGGAUGACAAUGGCGUCGACUUUGAUGAGGAGUUCCAAGAGUUUGUUAAAGGGGAGUUGAGAAAAGAAGGGAGAGAAGAUGACUUGGCCAAAUUGAUGGAGGAGAAGGAAAGGUUGAAAGCUGAAGCUAAGGCCAAGGAGGCUGAGGAAGCAGAGGCUGCUAAAAAAAGGGUAGGAUCUGGAAUUUUAUUAACUUCCAAGUUGUUCGGAAAUAAGGAAGCAGAGUCAGAGAGCACUGAUGCCACUGCUACUGAGUCAGAUUUGACAGAGAAAAGAACUGAAGCUGACGGUUUGAAUGAAGGAGAGGCUAAAAGUGAUAGAACAAGUGAAAAACUAACAGCUUGA